AUGUUAAUGAAGCAAACUAAAUCGCAACAUGAAGCAUGUUUGAAGCGUCAUGCUGAUAAUUUUCAAUAUGAGGUUAAGGAUCUACGAGCAGUUGCUAAAGAACGUCAUAUUAUGUUCAUCGAAGAGGUUGAUAUAAUUGUUGAUGCAAUUAUAAGGAUUGUUGAGUUGUUCAGUUUACUCAUCACUAAGAUAGAUUCGAAGACAGAGUUUGAUACCAAGGUGUUUUCUAAGCUGGAAGAAUUCUUGGGGAGCUGGAAGGAAUCUCUUUCGAAGCUUCAUGUUUCUCCUCCUUCUUCGAUUUCUCAGGAGUCUCUUUCGAAAAUGCUUUCUACCUUAGAGAAUAAUCUGAAAGUCGAACUUGCUCCUGUUCUACAAUUAGUGAAAUUGAUGGCAACAGAUGCCCCAUUUGUUAAAAUAUGGGUGCAAGGGGGAGAAAAAGGGGGUUGGCUCUGGUUCAUCGAAGGAUACUCAUGGGGGAAAGGUUGUUGGAAAGGUGAUGAGGCCUUGGACGAUUUCUAA